AUGAGUAGCAGCUGGACCAAACCCGCUUCACGACCAGACCUCAUUCACGACCUUGUCUCGGGCGUCGAUCGCUACAACCCUUCCAAUGUCGGUAUUCUCGAGGAUUAUCUAUAUCACCAAAUCCGAAGCGAGGAAUACGACUGCCUCGCCAACUUGGCCAUCUUGAAACUUUAUCAGUUCAACCCUGACCUUUACAACCCUGAUGUGGUUAUCAAUAUCCUCCUCAAAGCCUUGACCGCGACUCCCAUGCCCGAUUUCAACCUCUGCAUAUCUCUCUUGGACGAGCGACCACCGACAGCCAGCUUGGACGAACCAGACCCAUUACCUACCCUCCUCCCUCUUCUCAGGAACCUCCAAAAUCUCCUCUACAGGUGUCGCUUCCCAGCCUUCUGGCAAACCUAUAAUUCGGACGAAUACGAGAAUUUGCGGGACAACUAUACCGUAGAGGUUGUCGGAUUCGAGAAUGCCAUUCGCCAAAUCGCCAUUCGUGCUGUGACAGCAACCUUCACCCAUAUUACUUCGCAGCGUCUUGGUUCUUAUUUGAAUCUCGAUGGCGAAGAUCUCGCUGAGUAUAUCCAACAGCUUGGCUGGUCCAUCGACGCUUCGACCGGAAAUGUUGCUGUUCCCCCCAACCCCGACAAUCAGAUCGAGGCAACCGUUGUUCAAGAGCAAAUAAAACUUCCCCAGCUCACGAAGGUCAUCUCUCACGCAAUAAAAGCAUAG